AUGACGUCCUUAUCGUGGCUGCUGCUGGCUGCCGCCGGCCUGUCGCUGGUGGCGGCGUCGUGCGACAAGUCGCUGCUGCCCGAGCUGACGUUCACGCUGAACGGCGCCAACCUGGCCUGGCCGUGCACGUCGACGCGCAACAUCUACGCCUCGUCGGGCCGCUACGUGUCGCGCAACAUCAUCGCGACCCGCGUGCAGAUCUUCAAGGACGAGGCCAUCGUGGCGACGCCGCGCUACAAGCCGGGCGUGCCCUUCACGCUGGGCAAGCUGUCGCUCAAGAGCAAGGACCACCAGGCGGUGCUCAGCCCCUUCCCCUGCUGGAGCCUCCAGGAGGAGGGCAACUGCCAGGCGCUGCAGUCGGUCGUCGACCUGUUCCUCGACCCGCAGGACAUCCUCUGGGUGCUCGACGUCGGCAUCGUCAACACGCUGGACCAGCCCAUCCGCCGCUGCCCGCCCAAGAUCGUCGCCAUCAACGUGAAGACCGGCAAGGUGGUGAAGGUGAUCGACCUGUCGGGGCUGGUGUGCUCGGCCAGCCGGCUGCAGUACCUGGUGGUCGACUACGCCGAGGACGGGCGCGUCUUCAUCUACGUGAGCGACGCGGCGACGCGCGCCAUCAUCGUGUUCGACGUGACGGCCGGGCGCGGCUUCCGCGUGGUGCUGCCCAAGGCGGUCACCGACGGCUGCUUGCGCCGCGACGUGCUCUACCUGGCGCUCAUCCGCAAGCCGUGCGGCACCACCGUGCUCUACUUCACCUACCUGUCCUCGGGCCGGCUCUUCUCCAUCAAGACGGCCCACCUGAGGCGCGGCAGCGCGCGCGGCACCGUCGUCGACGUCGGCCCCAAACCCACCAACCUGGUCAUCCUGGGCACGGACGGCGGCACCGCCCUCUUCUUCCGCUACAAGGGCGACAGCGAGAUCUACCUGUGGAACACGGAGACCUGCUUCAAGGAGGAGAACUUCAUGCUGGUGCAGCAGGCCGGCGAGUGCCGCCUGGCCACGCAGGUGGUGCCCGGCUACAAGCGACUCAUGUGGGUGCUGGAGAGCAACUUCCAGGACUACAUCCAGAACACCGUGGGCUGCGCCGGCGCCUCCGUCUCCCUGCACCCGCUCGUCAAGGGCUGCGAAUAA